AUGCGUUACUCCUUCGCCGCCUCCACCCUUCUUGGCCUUGCCGCCGCCCUUCCCCAAAGAAUCAAUAUCGACGCUGCCUUAGCUGUCCCCACUCCCUCGAUCCUGGGUCCUAAGAUCGAGGACACGAAGCCUGCUGAGCCUACUUACAACCCCACUGCCGCUGCUUCUGUUGUUGCCGCCGUUGUUGAGAGCGAGGGUAUUAUUCAAAAGCGUGACAGUUUCACGGUGGGGAAGCGUGAUGCUUGUAAUACGCAGCCUCUUGGUAACGGCCCUACUAUCUCACCUGACACUGCCGCGGCAUUCUCCUCGGCUGCUGAGUUGAGUGAGAUUGCUCGAAAUGCUGGAACUCCGUCCGGUUACCAGCAGUCCUUUGUAGACAAGAGCGGAAGCUCUCAACAGAUUGGCUACUUGACCUACAAGACUUACCAGACUUACGACGUUCAGGGCUGUGCUGAUGCCUGCGACGGCGAGAAGUACUGCCUUGGCUUCAAUAUCUACUUUGAACGCGACCCAUCUCUUGAGCCUGGACCCAAUUGCCCUAACCCCCCUUCCACCAACAACAUCAAAUGCUCUCUCUAUGGAUAUCCUGUCGCAGCCAAGGCUGCCACAAAUAUGGGCCAGUGGCGUCAAGACUUCCAAGUCGUCAUUGCUGGUAGCAACGGUUAUACCAAAACCAACAAAGGUCUGCCAAACGCGGAGGACUUCAAGGCUCCGACCAGUCUACCAGCAGCUAUCAACGCGCCCCUCGAUAACGGCUAUGAUACUUACAACGGCAUGCGCCUUUUCAACGAUAACCCAUUCGACCCUACACUCUGUGCUGCCGCAUGCAAAUCCCAAACGGAAUACGAUAUGGCACAUCCCAACUCUGAUGGCACUUACAAGCCUUGCAACUUCUUCACCUCCUAUAUCCUCACUCAGAAUGGCGUCCCCCUUGGCACUUACUGCGCUUUCUACACACGCUCCUGGGACCCUAGCUACGCCGUUAACACUGGCUACUAUGCCGGCGACGAUGAGUACAAGGUAAUCAACGCUGGCUCGUACGAAAUCACUAGUCCCAACCUUUCGCCAUCGCCAUCGCCAUCGCCAUCGCCAUCGCCUUCACCAUCGCCAUCUGCUGUCGAUGUCACUCCAACCCCAACCCCAACCCCAACUCCGACUCCCACACCUACUCCCGUCCCGGCGCCGCCCGUUGUCUGCGGAGCCACCAACCUCAGACGAAGCGCCAUGACAUACCAAAAACUCAUCCGCAUGGGUGACGGCUCCAAUUUCGACCCUGCUCUCUGCCAAAGGUUCUGUCGCAGCAUAGGUACCUGCCGCAGCUUCGGCGUUCAAGCUUACAACUGCGAACUGUAUGGUCCCUCUGUCGCUCAGGUUCGAUGGAUUAGCGAUGCUGAUGGCCCGGCAACGAGCGUGUCAUACAAGUUUUAUGACAUUGGGUGUGCGUUGUAG